AGUUGGUAGGUCCGAAGGAGUGAGUGAUUUUUGUAAACAAAAACAAGUACUUGCCGAUUUUCUGCUUCACGGGCUUUGCCAAAUUUAAUUUUCCCCAUUUUAACGAUGGCGUUCAAUAUUAGGGCUUUGGCACGCCCAUGUCUGGGACUUAUGGAGCUCUCCAUGGCUCCACGAACUCAGAUCAUGAGGUCCUUGGACUUGCCUAAAGAUUACGUGAAUUUGCGUUUGCGUGCCUCUUUGUCGUCGUCAGCUCGAUCGGGCGUACCCGGAAUCAAUAGCAACGUCAACACGAUUGCCUCCGUGUUGGAAAAAUGGGAGAGCAAAUUCACGGACGAGGGUAUUUCGGAGCCCAAGGACUCAAUCCGCAACAUCGUCCUGCACGUCAUGGGCGGACAGUCGUUUUCUGAACUAGAUCGCCAUGCUCAAGUUGAAAUGACCCAAGAAGAAUUACAAGAAACCGAUCGGCUCUGUGAAUGUAGGCUCGCAAGAAUGCCAGUUCAAUACAUAAUUGGUGAAUGGGAAUUCCGAGACAUGCGGUUGAAAAUGAUCCCGCCUGUUUUCAUCCCCAGGCCUGAGACAGAAGAACUGGUUUCUUUAGGGCUCUCUUGCUUGCCUCAUGGUAAUGAGUGUGACAAUUGCAGUAUCAGUGCAGACUGCCAUGUCAAUGUGUUGGAAGUUGGCUCUGGCUGUGGAGCUGUAAGUCUGGGUUUGAUGAAGGGGCACCCCAAAGUUUAUUGCACUGCUGUAGAUCAAAGUACCACGGCGUGCAAGCUUACCCAAGAAAAUGCAAUUGCUCAUGGAUUUGCUAAGCGGGUCAAUGUGAUUCAUGCAAAACUGGCUGAGGAUGGAACUUUUAAUAGACCACUUGGGCAUGACACAUUUGAUCUUAUUAUAAGCAAUCCACCUUAUGUCCCAAGCAAAGACAUGCUUGUGCUUCAACCUGAAAUCAAACUCUAUGAAGAUUUGCGAGCUCUGGAUGGAGGUGUGGAUGGCUUGCGCUUAAUCAAACCAUUGAUACAAGUAGCUGGAAAGCUCUUGAGGCACAAAGCUAAAUUGUUGAUGGAAGUGGAUCCGUCUCAUCCAGAGGCUAUUCAGAAAUGGAUUAGUGAAGAAGCACAGGCUCAUCUUUGCCUCAGAUAUGAGGCUACUCACCAAGAUUUCUCUCAUAAAGCUCGUUAUGUUCAGUUGGUAAAGGUGAAGAAAGCUUAAACUAUGUGUUUUACCUGAAAUUUCUUUUUGAAAAAAAAAAAUUGUUGAAUGUUUUUUAAAAUAGUCCUGCUGUAAAAUAAACAAAUAAUCUUGGUAACAAUUAGAAUUCCAUGUAUGGGAUGUAAACGCAAAUAUCUAAAACUAUGUGAUUUGAUAGACUGCAUCAUGCCAUAUACCCCAUUAUGUACUUUCACAUGUAGUUCUCUAUCAUCUUAAGUGUCUGCUCUUGCAUUAGUAAUGCUUAUUCUGUAGAUGUGAUCAACUUCUUUGUAUGCUUUACCAAAGCUGAUGGGUUAUAUUAUGUGAUAGUAAGUUUGUGUGUCUAUAUUCCUGCUGGCUCAGGUUUAAAACCGUGGAAUAAUUUUAGUAUGACAAGAUAAUUUUGUGAUUGACAGUAUUUUGUUUGAAUCUUAGGUACCUUUCCUCAAGCUUGCUCAAAUUUUUGUGUUGGUGGUUGUUGGUAGUUUGCUGUGGCCUUACAUGUUUAAUUUGAAAUCAAAGCUUGUAGAGGUUUUGAGUAUUAGCACUGUUCUCCCUUUAUCUGAUACAUCAGAUGCAUCUUAUCAUAUCUUGUCAUUGUGUCUUUGUGAUAGUGUCAAUAAUUUUCCUACACUGUGUGAUUUUUUUUUCAGCUUAUUUCAACUGAUAUUUGUAAUUUUCCACGAAUACAGUUCAUGUAAUUUGUAAA